CGCAGGUAUGAGAACAGGUUACAGAGCUGGACACUGUGCACCUUGCCUUGCUUGGGAAAGCAUCAGUUUUAGAUAGUCAGUAAAGAGCCCUGCUGUUUAUUUAUUGCUUUUUCAUUUUUUGUAUACAAUGCAGAAGACUUCAGUUGCGUUGCUCUGCCUUCUCUUUGGAGCAGCUGUGGCACAACAUGGCAAGACUAGCCCCCAGAGGGUGCUGCAGCCCUGGCUGACCGGGAUCAUUGCGGUAGUGGUCUUCCUCUUCCUCGUCUUCAUCGCCUUCCUCGUCAACAAAGUUUGGUGUGAGGAGCGCAGUGAGGAGGCCGAUCCACAGCAUGUGAAAGUACAUGACUAUGUGUUGACCAACGGCUCCAACUCUGAACUCGUCCUGGAUGCAGUCAGGUCCAAGGAGCAUGAGGGUGCCUACGAAAAUGUAGGAAUGGACCAAGAGUGCAAAGUAACCACAACAGCCAUGUAGGAAUCUCUCGGCUCUGAUGUGCCUUUUAAAACACUCAUCCCUUACAGUGUGGUGGAGACAGUAUGAGAUACAGCGCUCGUGUCCUCUGCAGUUCAAUGAAAAGAUUGUUUGAUAUCUGUAUGGUUUGAUGGCCUUUAUACUCUAACGUGAACAUACAUGUUCUAUUGGAACAUAUGACAUAUAUAAUAGAUGCUCUACACUGAGAAUAUAAUCUUUAUCAGCUGUUCUCUCAGUGAUAUUCUUUUUAAUGCUCAACACCUUAGCAAAAUUAAUGUUAUAAAGUAUUAAAAAUGUUCUAGAUUAUUGCCUUCAUCAGUGUCAAUUUUAUGUUAUACAAAGGUAAUAAGAAAGGCGUCGAUUUGAUUAGCCUAUACUCAGGAUAAGCCACAGCUGGAUUGUAUUUGAGCAUUUUACAGCACAGGUGAAUUACCCUGGAUUGCAUCACCAUCUAACCCUGGUUAUUCUAGGAAUAACCUUUAAAAAUAGGCUGUUUAUUAGGAUUCACUAGUACUAUUAAAAUUCUCUAAUAAAACCCAGGUUUGGGUUAAUCCAGCACGGUUUAAAAUCAAAUCAACCCCUAAGUGAAGUAUUCAAAUUAAUGAAGUAGUGCAGUUAAAAAAUGAACCGUGAUGUUUAAUAAAUAAUGAAUGGAUGUCUUUCACAGUACUUUGAGCCCUGCGGUUUUUGACAUUUGCUGUUCUGGUUACCAAUACACAUUAAUAAAUAACUUAUUUGUUUGUCA